CCCACAAAUCCCCCGGACGUGUUUUCUGCACGGACCCGGUUCCUGCUUUGUUUACUUUGUACAUUACAGCCUCAACUCUACCAGCAAAUCUCCUAUCAGGAACUUUUUAAGCCUCGAGUUAGUAUAGUUUUUUUUUCGCUGAGGGGGAAUAUAAAGUCGCCAUGUCCGCUGAGCAACAAAUGUUCCCGUCGCUUUACUCUUCGCCGCGUUUCGCUGCUGUCGGAGCGGUAGAGCCUGUGAGCAGCCCCCUGUCAGAGCUGGAAACAUUCAGGAUGUUCCUGAACGAGCGGCUAACGGCAGCCGUGGAGGACAUUCUGGGCUUGUUCGGGAAGACAGUGGCCCGGUACCGGGAGCAGAUAGACUGUCAGCAGCGGGAGUUGGACAACCUGAGGUCCGGGGAGGGCGAGUGGAGCCGUUCAACAGAACCUCUGCAGGACUCAUCCUGGAUAAAAAAGUGUCCUGAACACCAGAGCCUCGAUGUCCCGCUGUUUCAGACUGACAGUGUUGUUGAGAAAGAUGUCGACACCUCGGCUGCUCCAAUUAAGUCAGAAGGUAUAGAUGAGGACUGUGGAGAGUCGAUAACACGGAGUCACUUCAAUUUAACACACAAUCUGGAUCCAAAAGCUGUGAGUGAUGACAGAGUUAUCUGUGAGGAUUCUGACACAGAGAACAGUGAAGAAGGUUGGAGAGAUGACCUCUGGAAGUCCGAGGAAAUGGCAGAAAACAAAGAUCAGAGUUCCAGUUCAGAACUACAGUGCUCCUCUGAUCUGGCCCAGUUUAGCUGCCAGGUUUGUGGCAUUUCCUUCCAGAAGAUGGGUUAUCUGAUCACCCAUGCUUCAGUGCAUCAGGAAAACUGUGGGGUUUGUGGAAAACAGCUGGAGCAGACUGAAAGCUUGAAGCUCCACCUCAAAGUUCACAGAGAAACGUUGUUCCGGUGCAGCAUCUGUGGGCAGAGCUUCACACUGCGAGGGAAUCUCCGGAUCCACAUGAGGAUCCACUCGGGCGAGCGGCCGCACAGCUGCAGCAUCUGCAGCAAGAGCUUCGGCCGGCGGGCAUCACUGGUGCGUCACGUGCGCAGCCACAUGGGUGAAAAGCCGUUCGCCUGCAUGUAUUGCGGCCACAGCUUUACGGAGAAGGGUAACCUGACAGUCCACCUACGGACGCACACGGGUGAGAGGCCGUACAGCUGCUCCAUGUGUGCUCGCAGCUUCAGUCAACUGUCCAGCUUCUACAAACACCCAUGUCAGAAGAAAGGGCUGACCUGUGCCGCCAUCACUGCCACCUGACAGCUGCGAACCUUGUGUGGCGAGGUUCACUUGUGAAACAGAGCAUAGGAAUGGACACUUAUUAUUAUUAUAUUAUUAAUUUUUACUGAUGACAAGAAAAAUUGUUAUUCUCUCUUGUUCCAAAGCACCCGCAAAAAACAAGAUUUGUUUUUCAGUAACAGUCAGGACUGGGUCUGGUGAAUUCCUGAUUACUGGUUACCUGGUGUUCUGGACUCCUGAAGUAAUUUACAUUUUAAAUAAAUUGGUGCACAAUCUAGUAAUGACUAGGCAUGGGUCAAUAUGAGGUUUCAUGAUAUUACUGUUUUUUAGUUAUUGUGUAUUUUUAAUUUAAAUAAUAAACUAAAGCAAUAACAUAAAUGAACACACUGAUGUUAGCUGUUAGUUGCCUACUGUAGCUUCAAACAAUAUUAUGUUUAUAAAAGUUAUGGAUGACGCUCCAACCAGGUAAUGCACUUGUACUAAUUGUAAGCAAGGGAAGGGUUUAGAAGUCUUUUUUUAUCAGCCAGCUGACUGGCAGUGUGCUGCAUCAGGUCAGGGAAAGGGAGCUCUGCUCUACUGUCUAUGCUCUCUACACAACCACAUUGGUUGAACAUAAAUACGGCUAUAAAACCCAUAAGGACCCGACCCAUGCCUCGUUAUACUGUAAAAUGAACGGAGCUAUUUGUUGGUACUUUUAUUAAAUGUAUGAAGAAAAGCGUUUUUAAAAACUGUUGUUAGUUAUAAAUCAGAGCUACAAAUCUACUCUAGAUUAGUCUUAAAAUUGUUAAAAAGUGAAUAAAAAAAAGCAGACCUUUAAAGUGACAUAUAUCCUGUAAAAUACAAAUAAAAACAAACAAAUCUGUUUGAAGGAAUUAAAUAAAAUAAAAGGUGCUCUAAACAGUUUGCAUACUUCUGCCCACCUCAAACUAAUACUUUGUUCAACAACCUUUAGAUUCAAUAACCAUUUAGUGUUCUUUGGCAGGAGUAUAUCUGCAUGACACACCUUGGCUCAGUAAUGCUGUAUUUACCAAUUCUGCCGUGCAAAAUCGGUCCAAACCUAUCAGAUCUAGAGGACAUCUCUUUUUCCACACUCCUCUUCGGUUGAUGGCAGUUGUGAACUCAAGAAGACAGUAUGCUUAAAUCAAAAGAUGAUUCUCUAAAGCAUUAAUGUGUACAAACUUGUGCAACUGGGUUAUUGCACCUUUUUAAUUGUUUAAUAUAUAUUGUUCCCCCAGACAGAUUUGUUUCUUUAUUAGUCGUGUUGUACAGGAUGUACAGUUUGUCAUGCAUGUAUGAAUGAUUUAGGAUGAUUUUAAUUGUUUAACUCUCAAAAUGCUAGAAUUUCUGAGGCAUACACACCCCCGUUUAAUACUGUUUCUUAACCGGUGCCCUACCUCGGGUUUUUCUAAAAGUUGAACUAUGAAAAUGUAAAUUUAGGAAGCUGAGAGCAAAGUUCGCUGAAAAUAUGGGACCAUGUAAAAUGGAAGGUUCAUUGUAAAGCGGUAAAAGUUUCAAUUUUUGUUGAGGGUUUCUUUGACAUUUCCUUCCUUACAUUCCACCUGCAAGAAAUGGUUAGACUCAUUUUGCAGUUCUCUUUACUAAAAUGUUAAAGUUGCCUCUGUUGGAUGCUUAUGUUUCAUCCUUCUAGAUUUAUUAUACCCAUGACUGAAAUGAACGCAGUUUGUUUUAGAUAAACGUUACUGAGACUCUUGGUGUGUUGGACAUUACAAUAAAUGCACAUUUUUUGUUUACUGGAAAGAAAGCCAAAGUUAUAUGAAAUAAAUUAAGACUUGUCUUUUUUUUUCCA